GCUGAUGACGGUUCUGUGUUGAAGAAACGUUUUUACCUUCAGUGUAAAGUUAAAUCGUUCAUAUACAGUCUUCAGGAGGCAGCUCUAUGAGCGGGACCAGAACCAGAACCAGAACCAGUUAGACCCUGAACCCGUCAGUCCAGUUCAGCAGAGAUGAAGCCGCCUCCUCGGACUCGAAAAAUACCAGACCGCAACUUGAUGCCUGACCCGGCCAAGAAUACUUCGGGUAGACUGACCUGUAAGUGGCGGAAACCGGAGCAGAAGAAGCUCCUGGAAACUCUGAGGAGACUGGCCAAAAGCUCCGGAAGCCGCGGAGACAUCGACUAUACGUUCCUGAGAAAACAGGUUCCUAACCGGUCCAUAGAAGAGGUCCAGGCUGUGGUGGAAUCUCUGAAGAACAAAAUGAUCACUAGUGUGAGUUUGAAGCUGAGGAAGAAGAGGCUGGAGGAAGAGAAGACCAGAAAGCCCAUCGAUGUGUGGUCUCACAUGGCUUCAUCUUUGGCGGGAAACGUCGAAGAACAAAUCACUGGAGCGUUCUCUCAGAUGAUGAUAGUGGCGUCCACAGAGCCUUGCACCCUGAAGAACUGCGACCCUCCUCAGGUCCACAGACCACCCACAGACCAGGACAGACCUGUUGGUCGCACCAUCCCUUUCAGACCAGUGCCCGCUACGCCAGUACAAGGUAAGCCUCCUGGCACCAAUCGCACCCGUCCUGUCGUCGUCCUCAAGGCUCUAUCACCAACCAUAGGCCAAGCCAAAAGACCCCCAGGUCAAUCCAGAGUGGUCAAAGUGCCACACAGCACAGUCCCUCCACCCCAGCAUAAGCCUUCAACCACAUCCGUAAGCUCACCUGCUGCCCCCUCCAACCAGCCAGGUGCAACAGAAAUACCUGCAGCGUCCCCUACAGCCCCAAAGCCUGAGACCCCGGCCUCAGGACAGAGCACGCUCAGUCCUGGCUCUGCAGCAGUGGUAGACACUCCGAGUGUCUCCUCAAUCAAGACAACCCAGCAGCAUCCCUCCACCUCCACCCCCACCCCAGCCCCCACCCCCGCCUCCACCUCCACCCCAGCCCCCACUCCCGCCUCCACCUCCAGCUCCACCCCAGCCCCCAGCCCCGCCUCCACCUCCACUUCCACCCCAGCCCCCAUCCCCGCAUCCACCCUCACCUACACCAUAGCCCCCACCCCCGCCUCCACCUCAGCCCCCGCCUCCACCUCCACCCCAGCCCCCACCCCCGCAUCCACCUCCACCCCAACCCCCACCACCUCCACCUCUGCUUCCACUGUAAAGUCCACAGUCAGUCACACACCUGUCUCUCCCGCUGUCACCAGUCUCCCCCCUCUCCCAAGUGCUGCUCAAUCCUCUGUCCCCUCCUCCAGUUCCUCCACCUCCAACACCCACCCCCUGCCCCCCCUCUCUGGCCCUGCCGCAAAAGUUCAUGCCAGUUUUGGUCGCACCAGCAAGUUCGCCACCAAAGACAGUCCCCGGACCUUAGGUGUCAAGUGCAUUGUGGACUUUGAGAGGAUCUACCGCUACCUGAGUGCGAUCCACAAUCCGACUGACGAGUGUCACCUCACCCCCAUGGAGAGCGCCAUCAUGUUGGACCUGUUGAUGUCUCUACCUGAGGAGGUUCCCCUGCUGGACUGUAAGAACCUGCACAAACACCUGGUCCAGGUGUACCAGCGUCUGUCAUCACCUGCUAACUCCCAGCUGGCGAGAGAACUGUUUAAUAACCUGAAGGGCGCACCCUCUGCUCAGUCAGAGGGUCCGAGCGGUCCAGACAGCACCACACCAGAGGGUCAGCAGAGCUCUGACGGGACUGGCGGCGGUGAGGUCGUGGACAGUGGUGGGAGGACACUGCAGCCAGAAGCUGAGAGCCAAUCAUCAGAGAGCAACAACACAUCCAGCCAAUCAGGGAAUGGAGACGUGAUGGGACCCUGCCCCCCCCUCAACCCUUUCAUGGUGCCACUGAAGCUGCUGAUGCGCAGAUAAAUGUAGUUUAAUAUUUAUAAACAGUGGUUUGUGCCUUAUUUUUUCCCUAUGUUGUAGAUUUAAUAUUUGACUUUAUACUGGUUCAGUGGUGAGUCUACUUAUUUGGUCUUCGUCUCAGAAGUUACUGAGCUGGAUUUUCAAUAACUAGUUUCUGAGUGACCACUAGAGUCUGUCUGGUGUUAAAGUUGGAUGUCUGGUCACAUUCAUUGUUCAUUUAUUCUUUGAGCUGAUAGUUUUUUUGUUUUAUUUAAGUUGUUCAGUUGCUUUUAUAGAAAAUAAUAAAAAAAUCAUUUUUAAAUGCA